AUGGAGGAUGGCAGGAGAGCCCACACUGCCAUUAUUGGCUGGGCCUGCACCACCCUGUGCUUGGUCUCCUGUGCAGCCGCCUUCUCGCACGGCGCGAGCCUUUCUGCCUGCACUGACAUGAUGCCCAGGCACCUCAGGGUGCAGCUGCACAGCUCCAACAACAACUAUGUCACUGUCCACACCAACAUGUCCUUCUACKUCCCAGGAGACAAGGUUCCAGUGACAGUGAGAAGCACCAGGGAUUACAUGGGCUUUAUGCUGCAAGCUCGCAAAGUGUCCAACAAUGAAAUUGCUGGCACAUUCAUCUUCCUGCCUCCUGGUUCCAAGCUGCUGACUUGUUUUGAAGAUGGUGACACUGUCACCCACUCAGACAAGUCAUUGAAGAGAAACCUGUCCUUUGUAUGGAAAGCACCAGACCAGCCCAUUGGAGACAUCAAGUUUUUCAUCUCCAUAGUCCAGUCAUACUUYGUUUAUUGGGCAAAGAUUGAAUCUGCUGUUGUGGCUCAGGGAGGGCAAAACAAGACUCUCRCUGACAAGAAGCCUGGUACCAUUGCCCCAGCGCCCUCACAAGGACUGGCUGAACCUCACCCCACAGGUCCCACCUCUCCCGCAGCUGCCACUGGCUCCCCACUGCCUGCCAGCCCCACUGGCAUCGUGGCAACACCAGCACCAGAGCCAGGUUUUGGUGUGGGGUCGGACACUGGUCCCGUUGCUGAGCCAAAGCAGCCAGCCCGGACCUCGCGGGCUGCGUCCGGCAGAAGCAGCCAGUCCAGAGCCCAGGGGCUGGAGCCGUCCCUUCCCAAACAAGACMUUGGAAUGGUGGAUGCCUUGCAAGGUUCCCUCUCCCAGGACAAUGCCUCCAGCUAUGGCACCUUCAAAGGACAUGACUACAGGCUGCUGGAAAUAUGUGUGUUUAAAGACACAGGAUACAAAKUUAACAGGGCCAGCAACAAGAAUGCAACCAUCUUGAAAACCUCCCUGCAAGUGACAGUGUCUGCCUCUGCCCUGCAUGUGCACACUCACCUGGGUGACACUGCUGUGACCACAGCCCGUUUGGGCGAUGCCAGCGCCGCUGGCAAUUUAUCCUUGGCUUCAAGGCAAAUGGCAGAAAAAGAGCUGGCACCACAGCCAGAGGAGGCAGGCACCAGGGGUGAGGAGGACAAGGACGAGGAGAAGGCAGCUGGGAAUACUCUGCCAUGGGUGACUGGACCAGCUCUUGAAUCUGCUGCUUCUGGCAAAGGGGAAGAUCCUGGCAGAGGAACCCAACUCCUUGCAGCCCAGCUUGGCAUCCUCCUGGUCUGCAUGGCUGUGCUGGCCCUGGUGCUGGCAGCUGCCAUGCGCUGUGUGUGUGCCCAGCACUGCCACAGGCGGGCCGAGGUGUCCUUCAGUGAACCCGACCCUGAUGUCAUCACCGUCACGGAAAAUGGGGAGGUGAUGCACUUCCGAAAGAUCCGGGAGAACAGCUUCGUGCUGGUGCAAGCUGAGUACAACUGGGUCAGCCCCUUGAGCAGYGGGAAGAAGACAAGGGUGGUUUAAUCCCUCUAUCUGCCAUCACAUUG